CCUUUUUCUUUUCUGCUUUCCUCCUUCCAACAUCCCAUUCCUCUUUCUCCUGCGCACUGUGCACUAUGGCGCUGCGCUUUAAAGCGCCUGUAGACGUGGCGCUGCGCGUGGCCUCUGUCUCGCUCUGCGCCUUGUUAUUCUGCGUGUCUCUGGCUGCAGGAGGUCCGGGAAGCUCGACUUCUCUCUCAGGCCUGCUGCAGCCUUACGACGAACUCUACUACCACGGAGUGCGAGCUUAUUUCGCCGAGGACUGGGAGAAAGCGGCCGAGUACAUCGAGCUGUCCAUAUCGACCCGAGAAGCGCUGCGCAAAAUCAGGCGAAAAUGCCACGACGAGUGCUCAGCUGCUGGAGACGACAUAGUGUCCACACUAGACGCAGAAAAAGGCAGAACCCGGGACCUGUGGGCACUGGACUGGAUCCAGCAGCGAGCAGAGUGUAUAAAGUACUGUUUAAACCGAGGUGUCACUCCUGCUGGUCAGCUUCCUGUAUCGUCAGAUAUUGAGUAUGAAUUUGGGACUCGCAAUGCUUACAAUUUCCUGCAGAUUAUCUACUUCCAGUUAGGUAAGCCAAGGAAGGCUGCUGCUGCCGCUCACACGUUCUUUAUGGCCAACCCGAGUCACUUGGAGAUGAGGAACAACAUUGAGAAAUACAGACGUAUGGCUGGGGUUACAGAGGAUGCCUUUCAGGACAGAGAGAGAGAACUAGAGAAGCACUGGGAGGUCUAUGAUGCUGCUGUCACGGCUGAGAGCUCCUCUGACUGGGCCCGAGCGGUGGAGAGGUGGAAGGAGUGUGUGAACGAGACGCUGAAACAGACGGAUGAGUGCAGAGCUCAGUGCGUGGUUACAUCACAGCGCCUCCCGGAGGAGACAUAUAGUGUAGAGGGAGUGUAUGAAAAAGCUGCAGCCCUGUCUCUCUCUCUAUUGGCUUGCAAUCAAGCAUGUGUUGGUCUGGUGUCCACUCGGCCUGGACGGAUCUCUCCUCAGGAGGAUUUCCUUCCAAUGCAGCUGGAGCAUCUCCAUAUUGCCCAGUAUAAAGCGGGGGACCUGAAGGGGGCUCUGCAGACACUGCGUUCUCUGCUGUUGUUUUACCCAAAUGACACGGAAUCACUUAGUAACCUUCAGCUCUACACAGAGUCUCUGGAGGGCGACACUGACGCACAGGCCACAGGCCCUUCACGGGAAAUUUCCAACUACAUCAGCAGAGCUCUAGCAGAAAAGAAACUGCUUUACUUUGGAGUGGAAAACCUAGAUUUCAAGUUCUUUGACCCGGAUCUAUGGACGCCAGAGGACAUCGUUCCGGAGUCGCUGAGAGAAAGCUGGAGAGCAGAGAGAGAAGAGCUAAUUGAGAAAUUAAAGGAAGGAGAGAAGGUUUUAGAGGUGGAUGAUAGUGGAUUUUAUGCUGGAGGUCCAGUUCCUCUGGUUGGUGUGACUAUUACAAUGGAUGACGAGGCCAUGAAUGGAACCAAUCGUGUUGUACUGGAUGGUGUUUUGUCCCAGUCUGAAUGCGACACCUUGAUGCAGGUGGCAACUAUUGCUGCGUCACUCGGUGACGGUUAUAAGGGACGACGCUCUCCACACACACCUCACGAGAAAUUCGAGGGCCUGACUGUCUUAAGAGCCUUUAAGUUGGCACAGGAUGGAUUAUUGAACCAAUCGGAUGCAAAGCUGUUACACGAAGUAGGCGAGAACGCUAGAAUCCUCCUUCACUCCUAUUUUAGGAGCCACACCGGUCUCUAUUUCUCCUACACACACCUAGUUUGCCGGUCUGCCAUUCCAGGGCAUCAGGAGGGACGCUUAGAUCUGUCUCACCCUGUGCACGUGGAUAAUUGUAUUCUGGAGCCAGAGACCAGGCAAUGCUGGAGAGAAGCACCUGCAUUCACACACAGAGACCUGAGUGCAGUUCUUUACCUGAAUGAAGAUUUUGAAGGAGGGGAGCUUUUUUUUACAGACAGAGAUGCCAAAACUAUCACAGCCAGGGUGAAGCCCAGUUGUGGACGUCUUGUUGCUUUCACUUCAGGACCCGUGAACCCUCACGGUGUCACAGCGGUCACGGCAGGCCGCAGGUGUGCACUAGCACUCUGGUUCACCACAGAAAAGCAUCACAGGGACAUGGAACGAGAGGAGGCCGAGGCCAUGUUGGGAAUAGGUGGACCAAAAAUAAAGGAGGAAAAGGAGGAGUUCGACGACAACCUCCCACCUGCUCGGAGUGGGCGAAGCCAAACAUCUAAGAGCAGAAGCAAAGAGAAGGAGAGAGUGUCAAGUGGGAAAGAUGAACUUUAAACAUAUUUGAACUUCUGACACGUGAUCUAUCCAGAGCUCUCUGAUCUCUUUAUGAACAUUUGAUAUUCACUUCAGAAGCAUCUCUGAGGCUUUUAUUUUCUGUAUAUAUGUGUAGCAUCAGCUCACCACUCAGUGUUACACUGGUCAAACUUUUUUUUUUUUGAAUAAAAACAAAACAUGAUA